AUGGUCGCCGAGAUUACGGUACCCGUAGAGUUUGUCUAUGUGGUCGGCGCCGCAAUGUUGUCGGCGUUCGUCGUCGUCGGCGCCGCCAUCUAUAAGUGAGUCUUUUUUCGGCCCACUUCUAGACCAUAUUUUCAUCGACAAAGGGUUAGAAAAGGGGGCUAGAUCACUGUGUCAUACAAGAAAGUAGGUUGCCUCUGAAGGUAUGUCAAACUAUGAGUAAAACUUUGAACAAAAGUGAGUCAAGCUAUAUAUAUCUGUUUUUCAGAAUGCGCAAACCGAUAGACAUUGACGAGUUGGACUGCGAACAGACGGCCCGUCUUUUCCGACCGGAAGUGCUCGCGCCCACACUCACUGUCGAUACGGAGUCGCGAAAAGUGCAGCCGUCGUUGAAGACUCGACUCUCGCAGUCGAUCAAUCCAUGGAAGACCUCGGUAAGCGGGUCUGGAAGAUUCUAAAGUCUAGGAGAUCUUCUCGCAGCCUUCUGAACGUGUUUUGGAAGCUGCUCAAGUCUUCUGAAGUCUUCUGAAGCAUGAAAACCUUUUGCAGAUCAUUGACCAACUGCGUCCGGAAGUGGUCAGCGAGUACCGCGGCCGCAUCAACUUUUCGGUGGCCUAUGAGAAGGAGUGCUCGACGCUCCACGUCCAUUUGAUGGAGGCCGUCGAUCUUCCCGUCAAGGAUUUCACUGGUACGUCUUUCCUAUGGAUGUUUUGCAACCAUUUCGCAACUUUUCUAGGCUCUUCCGAUCCCUACGUCCGUGCUUUCCUGCUUCAAGAUCCCGGAAAAAACGAGCGGAGCAAGGUGCAUCGACGGAACCUCAAUCCGACUUUCAACGAGACGCUCUCGUUCAGAGGUGGGUAAAAACUAGGCCAUGGGCACGGGUUUCUAGGCCAGCACGCAAACUUGAACGGUUUUGAGUUCUUAGGCCAUCUGGAACACUGCUAAAAGCCAGUUUGUGAUUCUAGGCCAUGUAUUGCACUUUCUCGGCCACCUAUUCAUUCUUCAAAGCAUAAUUUGGUUGCCUAGGCCAUCCAGAUGAAUUCCUAGGCCACUCGAGCUCAUAAACCAACUUCGAGCACUCUUCUAGAUUGAAAAUCUCUAAUUCAAGCGAAAAGUCCACAUUUCGAGAGUGCUGUAAUCUCGGUGGAUUAUACCCCCGGGGCCAUUGCACACCUGAAUAUCAAAUUUCCGUUUUCCCUAAUGAAAUUUUGCAUGUCUACGAGCUGACUCACGAUUUUUGUGCUUUAAUUCUAGGCCAAAACGUGGACGUUUUGAUUGCAAAAAUGCGCCGCUGAACGUUGAUCGGAAUUAGUGAGCCAUGCUCGCCGCAUUCUCGGAAACGGCGAUCAAAUUUGUCCUCUUUUUGGUCUAUAAUCGUUUAGCCUCGUCUCGUACGUACACACACACACACACACACACACAACUUACUCUCUCGCUCUUCUUUUUUGGCACAGAAAAUGGAAACAAAAAUGACUUUUUGGGGGCGAAAACAUUGACGAAAGACGACCGACCGACCGGAAUAUUAAUGAGUUCCGAGAGGAUUGCCCAUGCGUUUUGCACAAAUCCAACGUUUCGACACUGCUUGCAUUUGAAUUGAUUGGAUUGGCUAAAUUUGAGCAACAACGUCUUGCGAAUUAGUCAAAUUUUAGUGAAAAGAAGUUUAUUUCAACGUUUACUCAAAAAUAGGUCAAUGAGAAGAACGUGAUCAAUUUUUAGUGAAAUUUGACCAGAAAUUAGGUUCGUGAGUCAUCAAACAUCUCUCGAAUUCCGGUUACCUACUGAAAAAUUCAUUUGCUCGGCGCGAAAACUUGGCAAUUCCACGAGAUUCGACAUCGUCAAUGCUCGAACAAAUAUUGUCCGUUUCUCUGCCUCGCGCGUACACAUUGCCCACGUGAUAUCAUUCUUUUCCGAGUGUUGCUAGGCUCCAAAUUCUCGCCGCGCGUUUCUCGCACUCGCCGCUCAUUUUUCGGCUCAAAAACAGGCAAUCGGAGAGGAGCGUUGUUUUGCUCAUUUGUUUUGACUAGGUGCCCUGUCACACAUCAUAUUAUAAAGCGGCUCAUUUUUCCGUGACUUUAGGCCUGAAAAAACGCUGGUUUUUAGCUUUUGAAACGUUGGCAUUGGAAAUGAGUUCGCGUUUUGACAUUUUUGUUCCGAGCGCCGCCAGUUUUCGUUAGUUUUUGAAAGCCUAGACUCUCUAACUUCCUCUCGUUGCCACGUCAUUCUUCAUUCCGACGCCUCCUUCACCUAACAUAAUCGUUCCGUACCCGUCCUCUCGCAGUCCUUCUCCCAUCAUCCGCAUGGACAUCUUCUCGCUCCUCUCGCCAACCCGACGUCAUCGUGGAAUGGCGUCGCCGGGCCGCCAUCACAAUCAUCAUCAUCAUCAUCAUCAUCAUCAUCGCUCGGCGAGCAUAGACGCGCAUGACGUGCCCUACUCGCCAAAACAUCUGCUCACCUCGUCCACAGUCGCCACCACCUCGUUCUGUUCGCCGGCCACCAAAGCUGCUAGUAAGGCGGAAAAGUUAGGGCGGCGCGCGGGGAGCAAAAUCUGUCAAACACGUGGCAAAUUUGUAAAUAUUGUAGGACACUCGAUGAAGAAACUGCACGACAUGACGCUGGUACUCCAGGUGAUGGACUACGAUCGUUUCUCGUCGGACGACCCGAUCGGCGAGAUUCUUCUGCCGUUGAAGCACGUCAAGUUCGAGAAUAGUCCCGUCUACUGGAAGCACUUGCAACGGCCGACCGUGUCGAAGGUAGGCGGACAGGAAAAAAAGCGAGACGGCCUCCACAAAGUUUUGCAGGACGCUUGCGGCGAAAUCAUGAUUUCGCUGUGCUACUUGCCCACUUCCGGCAAGAUUACCGUCUCGAUCAUCAAAGGACGAGACCUGCAUUCGAAGGAUCGUACCCGGCACUACGGUACGUCCACACAUCUUUCGGUAAACCUGUGUAAGCUGGGAACAACUCAACAUGACCUAGGAAAAGCUAGGCCGCCACGCGUUGACGCAUCCAAUUUUGCAGACACGUACGUGAAAAUGUGGAUGGUGCAGCAGGGAAACAAGUUGGAGAAGCGGAAGACGUCGGUGAAACCGCACACUCCGUCGCCGAUCUUCAACGAGUCGUUCGCCUUCUCGAUCCCCGUCAAGUCGGUGCUUCAGGCCGAAGUGAAUCUCGUGCUCACCGCCAUGGAAUACGACGUGAUCGGCUCGAACGAGGAGAUUGGCCACGUCAUCGUCGGCGGCCUAGGAUCCGAACACGGCCAGCGUCACUGGAACGAGUGCAUCAGCCAUCCGGAGCAGCCCGUCGCCAUGUGGCACAAAUUGUGCCCCAAAUGGUAG